AUGGUCGCCAUCAAGCAACUCAGCGCCGCCGCCCUCGUCGGGUUUGGUCUUUUCAGCCAGGUUCUCGCCUCCCCCGGCGACGCCGCACAAGACCUCGCUGCCAGAGCCGAGGGAGUCGAGGCUUCCGAGGUUUUCGCCCGUGACCCUGCUCUCGAAGUGGAGCGAGCUAUCGAGGAGGUGCUGGACGAGCGCGAUCUCGAGGAACUGGACGAGCGCGACCUUGAGGAGUUUAUCGACGAGCGUGACCUCGACGAGAUUCUCGAUGAGCGCGAUCUUGAGGAGCUUCUCGACGAGCGUGAUCUUGAGGAGCUUCUCGACGAGCGUGAUCUCGACGAGCUCCUCCUCGAACGAGACUUCGAGGACUACCUGGACGAGAGAGCUCUCGAGGAGGAGUUGGACGAGAGAGACUUCGACGAUGAGCUCGAGGAGCGAGACUACGAUGAGGAGCUCGAGGAGCGAGACUUCGAGGAGGAGCUGGAGGAGAGAGACUUCGAGGAGGAGUUGGAGGAGAGAGAUGCUGAGGAUGACUUGGAGUAA